AUCUCUCUACUCUUCAGCUCACCCCAACAGCUUCCUCACGUAUCACUGAUUUACUAACAGACAUAUCAGACUGGAUGUCACACCACUUCCUAAAACUCAAUCUAUCCAAAACGUAGCUCAUAAUAUUUCCUCCCCCACUUAGGAUCAAUUGCACAACUAUCAACCUAUCCCCGCAUGCCAGGGUGCUAGGGGUAAACCUGGAUUCUGAACUAUCCUUUCAGGCCCACAUCCAAUCCCUGUCCAAAUCAUGCCGCCUCAACCUCUGCAACAUCUCCAGAAAAUGCCUCUUUUUAACCAAUGAUACCACAAAGCUCCUAAUUCACUCCUGUUUAUCUCUCGCUUCGACUACUGCAACUCCCUCCUCAUUGGCUUACCUUUACAUAGGCUAUCCCUCCUCCAGUCCAUCAUGAACACUGCUGCCAGGUUCAUCCAUCUUACCAACCAUUCAGUGUCUGCUACCCCUCUCUGCCAAUCCCUCCACUGGCCUCCAUUCAGUGUCCUCCACCCCUCUCUGCCAAUCCCUCCACUGGCCUCCAUUCAGUGUCCUCCACCCCUCUCUGCCAAUCCCUCCACUGGCCUCCAUUCAGUGUCCUCCGCCCCUCUCUGCCAAUCCCUCCACUGGCCUCCAUUCAGUGUCCUCCACCCCUCUCUGCCAAUCCCUCCACUGGCCUCCAUUCAGUGUCCUCCGCCCCUCUCUGCCAAUCCCUCCACUAGCCUCCAUUCAGUGUCCUCCAUCCCUCUCUGCCAAUCCCUCCACUGGCUUCCACUC